ACUGGCAGUGUCUACAUUUGGUCGUUAUGAACACUGUUUAUAUCUGAUCGCCUGACAGCUGUUUAAAACUUCAUUAUGAUGUGCAUUGGAUUAUUUUUUACGAGCGUGAGAAACGCAGUAUUCUUUGAUCGUGUAAGGUUUCCGAAUUAAUUGAUGAUGAAACUACUGCGUGGUUUCAACGCGUCGCAACAUGCAAGUGCCGCAGUUUGAAUCGUACAUUUCGAAUGUUUUCCUCUAUUAUCAUUAAGUGGAAAGCUACGGAAUAAUUCGCGGUAUAAUGGCAGCCCAUAAGACAGGCGGGCAAAGUGCUCGAAAGAAAGUACAGGUAUCCAUGGUUAUAAGAGAUGAAGUGGAAAAAAGGCACAGAGCUGGAAUCAAUUCAUUGCAAUAUGACCCAGCUUUGAACAGGCUUUACUCUGCUGGUAGAGAUAGUAUUAUAAGGAUAUGGAAUUGCAAAAAUAUGAAGGAUCCUUUUAAUCAAUCAAUGGAGCAUCAUACAGACUGGGUCAAUGAUAUAGUAUUAUGUUGUGGUGGUAAAAAUUUGAUAUCAGCUAGUUCUGACACAACAGUAAAAGUAUGGAAUGCACAUAAAGGUUUCUGUAUGUCUACAUUAAGGACACAUAAAGACUAUGUAAAAGCUCUAGCAUAUGCUAAAGAUAGAGAGCAAGUUGCUAGUGCAGGUUUAGAUAAGUUAAUCUUUUUAUGGGAUGUGAAUACAUUAACUGCUCUUACAGCAAGCAACAAUACAGUAACAACAUCAUCUCUUAGUGGAAAUAAAGACUCUAUAUAUAGUCUUGCCAUGAAUCAGACUGGAACAAUUAUAGUGAGUGGUAGCACAGAAAAAGUUUUAAGAGUAUGGGAUCCAAGACAUUGUACUAAACUAAUGAAACUUCGUGGUCAUAUAGAUAAUAUUAAAGCAUUAGUAUUAAACAGAGAUGGUAGUCAGUGUCUAUCUGCUAGUUCUGAUGGAACAAUUAAACUUUGGUCACUGGGACAGCAAAGAUGUAUCCAAACUUAUAGAGUACAUAAAGAAGGUGUUUGGGCAUUGCUGGCAACAGAUACCUUCAGUCAUGUAAUAUCAGGAGGUAGGGACAAAAGAAUUGUCAUGACUGAAUUAUCCUGUUAUCCUGAAAGGUAUACAGUUAUAUGUGAAGAAAAAGCACCUGUGCUAAAAAUGGUUAUGACACCAGAUCAAUCUAGCAUUUGGGUGGCAACUAGUGAAUCUACUAUAAAUAAUUGGUCUAUAAAUCAAAAAGAUUGGCAAGAUUUAGGAAUUGAAGACUAUUGUGACUCUGCUAGUGGGGUAACUCCAAAUGUAAGAAAUACAGAACCUGCACAAAAAAUAUUAGGCGGCCCUGCAAUACGGCGGUGCCAUGUUUUAAAUGACCGAAGGCAUGUUUUAACAAAAGAUACGGAAGAAAAUGUAGCUCUAUACGAUGUAUUAAAGGCAUGUAAAGUGGAAGAUCUAGGAAAAGUAGAUUUUGAACAGGAGAUAAAAAAAAGAAAUAAAAUGGUGUAUGUUCCAAACUGGUUCAGUGUAGAUCUUAAAACUGGGAUGUUAACCAUUCAUUUAGGUCAAGACGAAAACGACUGUUUUUCUGCAUGGGUUUCUGCAAAAGAAACUGGUCUUGCAGAAAAUGAUGCAGUAGACCAAAAAGUGAAUUAUGGGAAUCUUUUAUUACAAGCUUUACUUGAACAUUGGUGGAGGCCGCUACACGUUGAUGAUGAAAAUGAAGGGAACAGCAACGACGGUAAUGGUUGUAUACACACAAGAGGAGGAAAUCCGUAUUUCUCAGUUCCAAUUCAUACACCUGUAAUAUUCAGUGAAUUAGGAGGCAGACCUUUGUACAGAUUGUUAGUCAGGGAUGCUGCUGGAGAAAUGGAAGGAGCUCUAUUAAAUGAAACUGUACCAGCAUGGGUAGUUAAUAUUGUUGUGGACAAAAAUCUUCCACAAUUUAUUAAAAUAUCUUUCUAUCUUCUUCCGCAUGCCACGUCCGGUGUAAAAAGUUUAAAGAAGGAUCGCUUAAUCGCAAAUGAUUUUAUACAAAUUCGUAAAGUAGCGGAACACGUUUGCGAUAAAGUACUUGGUGCAGGAAGUGACUCAGGGUCGGUAGCUGGUGCUGGAAAUACAGUUUCUGGUGGAUCUCCAGCAGGAGACAGAACAAAUACAGAUUCAAACGCUGAUAAUUCUUCGCUGGCCGAAGAAAAAGUAGAACUGUUAUGUAACAACCAAGUUCUAGAUCCUUCUAUGGAUUUGAGAACGGUCAGGCAUUUUAUCUGGAAGAGUUCAGCAGACUUAAUACUUCACUAUCGACCAGUAAAAUAGUUAGGACUGAGUACGUCGGAACAAAGAUCUCUAAAGUGUGCCUGGUUUCUUACUACUGUAAAAAGAACGGAAGAUGUGUGGACUAGUUGCAGAGUGUGGCAGCUCACACUACCUCCUUUUCAUGAAAUGUUCAAUCGAUUUUCACUGGAUGUUUCAUUAGAUGCUGCAACCGAAGAUGAGUAAAAACCAGGCCACGUAGAGAGUAUUUAAAAAUAAAUGCGUUUAAAGGCAAUAAUGUGUGGAAGUAUUAGUAUAAAUUGCUCAUAUUUGCAUAUUUAUAUCCUGCGGCCAAAUUCAACCCUGCAUCGCGAAAUAGUAAUUUCAGUUAGUCUGCUUUAAAAGAUAUAUGGUUUUUUGUACUUGAGUGUGAAAUGUUAAAUGCUUACUGUCAGCCAUUUAUAGUCUUCCCAC